AUGUAAAGAAUUAUCCUCACAAUUGAGUCAAUUGGGCAAUCACAAUAGAUCAAAUCAAUCAAAACAACCAAUCUUUUAAUAAAAAAUAAACUAGCACUUUUUCCAACAUUUUUGAGAAUCUCCAAAAAACUCUAAAUUCUUCAUAAUAAUAAAGUAUUUUCAAAUAUUUUUAGCAAGAAUAACCAUAUUAGCCUUUUACAUAAAAUUACAAUAAAGGUUUAUUAAAAGAUAACAAAACUUAUCCUUCAUAUGCUAAAUAAAAAGGAUAAAAGAUAGUAGAAUUUUAAAUACUUAAUAAAUAAUAUGAAAAUUAAAAUAAUGGAAAUAAUAACUUUCACUAUUCAAUAUUUAAAAAUAAAUAAUAAUCAAUUUCAAAUCAACUUCUAUAUGAACCUUUUGAUUAUAAUAUCAAUUAAUAAUAAAAUAAAAUUAAGCAGUCUGCCUAAACAUUGUCUAAUUUUUAAGACCAAUAGAUUAAUGAUAAUAAAUCAUAAUUAGAUUUAUCAUAAAUUAGUUCAAAGUAUAUAAAAUUAAAACUUUAGGUCUAUUGGCCCACAUUAAGUAAAACUAACUUUAAAUUUGUUGAAUCUUUUAUUAAUAGAAUAUGAAUAAACAUUAAAACUCAUGAUAAAAGUGUAAAAUAUCUAGCAUUAAUGGAUGGUGAUAAAAAAUAUCUCAUGUUCAAAAAGAUACUUAAAUUAAAAUAUGGGACAAGUAAAAUAUAAAUUUUAAAUCAUAGAUGAACAAGACAAUUAAAAAUUACUCUUAAGAAACAUUAGGAUUAUGUACUAUGUAUAGUACUUUCAAAAAUAAGAAUUAUUCAAGUGGAUCUGUAGAUUAAACAGGUCAUCUGUGGAAUCAAUGUCCAUUUUGGAAAUAAAUCCAUAUUUGUGAAGGACAUGAAGAUAGAAUAAAAUGUUUAUAAUUUUUUGGAAACUUUAUAGCAUCAGGAUCAGAUGACACAUAUGUUAAAUUUUGA